AAAGUCCAAUGGAAAGGAAAACUAUAAUAUCUACUGAUGCAAACCACCCACAAAACUAAGCAGCAAACUGUUAUGUCGGUUAAUGCUAAUGGUUAAACAUAACGUGCAAUUUAGCUUGCAAACGUGUUCGAAUUAAAUUCGAACUUCAUCAAGGAUUUGUGCGUGCGUGAGAGAUUCAUUGCUGAAUAUGCAAUCUACAUGAGACUAACAUCAGCUUAUAGUUUUCAUCAGUUUGAGAACCUCGGAAUGACACAUUUAGCGUCAGCAGCGUUCGGCUUAACAUCACUUUCAAUUCAACAAACGUCCAAUGCUGACACGAGCGCUUCCACGCACACCUCCAGUACUACAACUUCGCAUGACAUAAAUACCAGCUCGUCGUCCAGCACUAAGGCAAUAGCAAGUUCCACAACGUUGAGGGUGGCAGCAACAGAAUGGGAGUAUGUGUCCCUCGGCCUGACUGCGCUGUUGGUCGUAAGCGUCGUGGUUAUUAUUGUGACGUGUACCUGUUUGCUGAAAAUGCGGCGCAAAUUGAACAAAUGCAACGCAACACUAUAUCCGAUGUCUACUAGUGCUGAUAAAAAGAACACGUCUCCCGGUAUGAAACAGCAAAGUGGGAAAUUAGAGCUAACCGAAAUGUCACGUGAUGAGGGCCAUGUUGAAGAUGUGAUUGACAGUCCGAUACUUCCUUCUACUCCUCUGCGUUCGCUUGCCCAACCUCUCACUGUUAAUGCAAAUAGCCGUAUAGACGUCAACAAGGCGCCACCAUUACCAAACAGAACCAAGCGUGCAGCUCGGCCGACGGCAUCGCAUUCAUCAAACAGCAAGCUCUCCUCAAACAUUCCAACGAGAACUCUUACGGCAAACAGGGAACCUAAACAACGCAGAUCGUCAAAUGAAAGUAACGUAAACACUGAAACGCGCUCUGAGAGUUUUGCGGUUAAAGACGAUAUGAAACAUCGUGGGAGUAUUGAUAUCCAGUUUAACGAACGUGUAAAGUUUGAGGCAUCGGGUCUUUACGAAGACCAAGAUGAAGAUAAUCUGUAUGAAGAAUACCAAAAUAUGACACUUCGUUAUAACGACAAGCCAUACCCUGAAUCAGAUGAGAAGAAAAAUGUGAGUGAAGACAAUGGUGUCUAUGAAGAACCUUACAACACUACUGAAAAAAGGGCAUCAUCAGCAAGUGAAGCAUAUCUUCAAAAACAGAACACCAUGUCUGGGCUUCCCGCAAAGGACCAAACAUGGUCAACUAUUGGUGAUAUAACAAGCAGCCUCCCGCUACAGGUCUCAGAAGCACUGACGAAUAAUUGGAGAAGCGCCGGCCUUUCUGUUUUGCCAGGAAAAACAAAAACCUCAAGACAAACAGCAAAUGAAGACACUAACCCUCUUAACGUCUACGAUGAUUUAACCACGAUACAUCCAUCAAAUUCGUCUAUUACUAUUGGUACUCAUGGGAACAACAAUAGUUUCUUUUUUAUAAGUGAUGAAACAAGAACAAAUACCGACAUUAAUCAGGAGCAAGACAACUUUGAAGAAAAUGUAGUAUAUGAAGAUGAACUGUUGUCAUCUCCUGACGAAAUAUACACAAUUCCUGUGUCUAACGUUGUCUUUACACAAGGAACACAUGUAGAAGACGUUGAAAAUGAUUUAUAUUUGUUUGAAAAAAGUGAAUCAGACAUGUAUGCGGAUUAUGCAUCACCGCAAACAGUUGCCCUAUACGAUACCACUAGGAUUAAAGGCCAUACAAGUACACAGGACAUUCAGAACGAUCAAUAUGCAAACGCAGAAAUACCAAAGGCUAGCGUUUUGGAAAUAUAUGCCGUUACAGGUAUAGAACAAGAACCAGCCUCCCACCAGAGGAGUCACCAGACUCUUACCUCAAAUCUGCUCUACAAAGAUUCGCCAUCCAAAAAGGCAUCAGAAAAAACAUGUAAUGAAUUUUCGGAGACUAUGGUCCCGCUUAGCUCAUCAACGGGAGGAGAAGAACAAACACAAUCUAAAAGUUAUCUGAUGACACCGAUUUUGAAAGUUUCGGAUAUGCCAACAUCAGCACCCAAUGAUGCUUCACCGGAUAUGGUGUUGGAUCAGUUUGAGCAGGAAGAAUCCAUCGCUCCGCCGAACACACCUCCUCCCGAGUUACCCAUAGAAACUUCUCCUUCAGUCCCGGAUAACGAAACUCAAGAAUUACCGAUGGUUCCUCCAAGGCGAACAAUCAUGACACCUGUCUUUAAUGGACAUGAAAAUGUCGAAUCAUUAAUCAAACAAUCAAACGUAGAUUUAGGUAGGACAAAUGUUCUGUUAAGGAACAUUGGCGAUGAAUUACCAAUAAUGCCGUCUCCUGUCACUUGCGAGCCAAAACCUUCAAAUGGUGAGGGUCACAGAUAUGCAUAUUAUCUGGAUGUGAACGAUCAGCAAAACGAGUUACUGGACUCUGGAGAAGUCGUAAAAAACAAUGACAUUCAAGAAUCAGACGGAUAUGUUGAAGGCAACGAAAGUGAGCAGACAUAUGACAUUCCAACUAAAUUCAAACAUGGUCAAUCAAUGUCCUAAUUGUUGAAAUUGGUGUUCACAGUAACUCUUUUUAUGGUAUACUUCCUUUUAAAAAAAAAGCAAAGAGCAGUGACACUGUCCGUCUUUGUGUCUGUAAGUCUAUGCAAGUGUGAAGAUGUCCGUCCGAAAAAUACUGUCUAUGUCAUUAUUUUAACAUAUUCUGAUGGUUUUUAACUGACGUAGCACAUAUUUUUAUCAUCAUAAAAUGCAAAGAACCCGUCUCACUACAUCAAAAGUCAAUGUCACACUUAAAGGUCAUUGGUCAUGUUCGGCCCAAAACAGCUAGAACAUUCCUGUCUCAGCCAUAUCUUUGCCAUAUGUUUAUGGAUUUUAUGAUAAGUUGGCACAAAAGUAAACAACUGAUCCCUUUAUAUCAAAGGUCAUGGUCACACUUGAAGGUUUAAGGUAAAUAAAAAACGAUCGGAAUGUGGGGCAUCUUAUCAACACAUGUCUUGUUUUUUAAUUAAUGCUUGCUGAUUAGUGUCUGACUGAAACAUAAAACAGGUGAUAUACAAUAAAACUUACAAUUUA